GAGAGAGAGAGAGAGAGAGAGAGCUGCGUAUUCUCUCCUUGUCUUCCUCAACCUGAAGAAGCAAGCACCUCUAGGGUUUUCUCCGAUUCUCCUUCUUCAGCUCAACACCCCAAAUCUGCAAUCUCAGAAAGCAGCUACUGUAGCUCACUACAAGAUUCCUAUACUCGCGUGGCUCUUCUUUUUCUCCAUCGGAGGUCUUAGUUUUAGAGAGAUAUUUCAAUAACACUGAAGAAGAAGAAGAAGAAGAAGGGGGCGAAAUGGCAAUAGCAUCCCCUGGGCAGCUGAACCUCAGCGAAGUCCCUUCAUGGGGAUCCAGAGGCGUCGACUGCUUCGAGAAAUUGGAACAGAUUGGCGAGGGUACCUAUGGACAAGUUUACAUGGCUAAAGAAAUAAAGACGGGUGAGAUUGUAGCUUUGAAGAAAAUACGGAUGGACAAUGAGAGAGAGGGGUUCCCCAUAACCGCCAUACGGGAAAUCAAAAUUUUAAAGAAGCUGCACCAUGACAACGUCAUCAAGUUGAAAGAGAUUGUUACAUCUCCAGGGCCGGAGAAGGAUGAGCAAGGCAGGCCAGAUGGUAACAAGUAUAAGGGGGGCAUCUAUAUGGUCUUUGAAUACAUGGACCAUGAUUUGACAGGUCUAGCUGAUCGACCUGAGAUGAGAUUUUCGGUCCCCCAAAUUAAGUGCUACAUGCGACAACUAUUGACGGGGCUUCACUACUGUCAUGUGAAUCAAGUACUUCAUCGGGAUAUUAAAGGCUCUAAUCUUCUCAUAGACAAUGAGGGAAAUCUGAAGCUCGCAGAUUUUGGGCUUGCUCGUUCAUUUUCAAAUGAUCACAACGCCAAUCUCACAAAUCGUGUCAUUACACUUUGGUAUAGACCUCCAGAGUUACUUCUUGGGGCCACCAAAUAUGGUCCAGCUGUUGAUAUGUGGUCUGUUGGAUGUAUAUUUGCUGAGCUUCUGCACGGCAAGCCAAUUUUCCCUGGUAAAGAUGAGCCAGAGCAAUUAAACAAAAUUUUUGAGCUGUGUGGAGCUCCAGAUGAGGUCAACUGGCCUGGAGUUACAAAGAUUCCUUGGUAUAACAACUUCAAGCCAACAAGGCCGAUGAAGAGACGACUCAGGGAGGUUUUCAGACAUUUUGACCGCCAUGCAUUGGAGUUGUUGGAGAAGAUGCUCACACUUGAUCCUUCUCAGAGAAUAUCUGCUAAGGACGCUCUAGAUGCUGAGUAUUUUUGGACUGAUCCAUUACCGUGUGAUCCCAAGAGUCUACCUAAAUAUGAAUCAUCACACGAGUUCCAAACAAAGAAAAAGCGUCAGCAACAACGGCAACAUGAAGAAAAUGCAAAACGUCAGAAACUGCAACACCCACAGCAACAUCGUAUUCCACCCAAUCAGCAAUCUGGACAAGCACAUUCCCAAAUACGGCCUGGACCUAACCAGCCCCUUCAUGGUACGCAGCCUGUAGUUGCUGGAGGGCCUAGCCACCAUUAUGCAAAGCCUCGCGGGCCCUCUGGAGGAGCAAACAGAUAUCAACCUGGUGGAAACCCUGGUGGGGGAUACAACCACCCCAAUCGGGGUGGUCAAGGUGGUGGAGGUGGCUACGGCAGUGGCCCAUAUCCUGCACAAGGACGGGGUGGUGCACCGUAUGGUUCUAGUGGUCUGCCUGGUGCUGGUCCACGUGGUGGAGGCAGUGGGUACGGAGUUGGUGGUCCAAACUAUCCUCAGAAUGGUCCAUAUGGUGGUUCCGGUUCUGGUCGGGGGUCUAAUAUGAUGGGUGGAAACCGCAAUCAACAGUAUGGUUGGCAGCCAUAACUGUCGAUGUGGUUAUUAGAUGUUAUGCUAUCAUGACUUGAACCCUUGAUGCAAGGGGUAUGAGCCAGAAUGGCUCGGGAAAUGUUAUUUACAGAUGCGGUAGAGACCAACUGUUAUAUGAUUGCCACAACAUAUAUCUGAUUUAUAUGUAAAAUAUAUUAAAGUCAGAGUUGCUGGACUUGUUACCUGUAAUCAGGUUGUUAUUGAGUUCGGAAAUAUAGUCCUUGUCGCUGUUGUUUUAUGGAUUCUGUUUGUACUAGGGCAAUCAUGCAGGAGUGGUCAUGUUUAUUGUAAGAUUGUACAUUUGCAUAUCUGAUUUUGUGUCUGUACCAUCUGUGAGGAGUUCUUGGAUGAUGAGGUGCUGAUGAGAAAGUAUGUUGUAUUUAUCAAGUGAACCAAUUAUUCUCCGUGUUGCUUUUUGUGAUGAACUGUGACCGGAGAUGAAUCCGAUAUAUCCACACUCUGACAUUGUUAGAGCACUUUAUAUAAUGUAAAGAACUCAUAUUUCAGCCAUAUCUCAAGGCAAGUGCCAUUUUGUCCAGUU